AAAGUGUUACUCAAUCCAUCAAUGAAUCAAGUUCAUUGCCUUCUACUAAUAGUCAGUCAAGCAUGAUGCCAUCCAUAAGUCAGACUAGUAUAAGCACAGUGUUAUCUACAAGUCAGUUGAACACAGGGCUAUCUACAAGUAGUAUAACAAAAUCCAUUACACCAUCUCCAUCCAUAAGUCAAUCAGUUAUUGAAUCGUCCAUUAAUGUAUCAAGCACAAUACCAUCAAUCAAUCAAGCAUCAUCAGUACAUACUUCAGUGAUAUCUCUCACAGAAACAACAACGACAGCCACAUUUCAGUCGAGUACAUCUUUUCCUUCCCCAUCGCCUUCUCCAGAAGGGCCACAUGUAUACAUGAAUACAACAGUUCAAGCAGUCAAUGAUACAACUGUACAACUGAAUUGCAGUAGAGCAUUUCCUCCUUCAACAAUUAACUGGCAUUUCAAUGGUAGCAAGCUAAGUAAUAGUACGAAGUAUAACAUUACAAGAUCAAACCUACUGUACAUUUAUAAUGUCUCAGUAAAUGAUGCUGGAGUAUAUUACUGUGGCACAUCUGAUGUGUUUGAUGAUGCCACAAGUGACAGAGUAAUGCUAUCAGUUCAAGUGCCUCCAACAUUUUAUGAUGCAACAUUGACAGACAAAGCUGUUGUAAUUGGUAAAAGUAUUAUUCUAAAAUGCUUAGUGUUUGGUGUACCACGACCAGUAGUAACAUGGUUAAAGGAAGGAGUCAAUGUUAUUGAUAGUCAAUAUAUUACUAAUAAUGUUAUUUCAGACAAUAGAGUAUCAAGCGUUCUCACUAUAGACAAUAGUGAAAGAACAUCAGAAGGAAAUUACAUGUGUCAGGCAUCAAAUGAUUUAGUUGAGAAAAGAUCUAUCAAUGCAACUGCCUAUGUUGCAAUAUACUUUCCAGCAAACAUACAACCAGAUAAUGAAAGAAUUGAAGCAGUGUGGAACGAAACAGCAAAUAUUUCAUUCACAAUCACAAACAAAGAAGAUAUUAUAAAUAUUACUAACAUUAAAUGGGAAUUUAAGUCAAUUACUAACAAUACAUAUUCUAAUAUUUCUGGUAGCAAGCUUUAUAGAGUUUUUUCAUCAAUCAAUGUAAACGACAGAGGAUUGUACAGAAUAAUAGUCACAACUGAAGCUGGAAUCAUGACAUCAAUGGCUACUGAGCUGGAUGUUUUUGUACCAGCAGUCUUAUUAAGCUAUAACGGAGAAGAGAAAAAAAGAAAGAGUGGUCAAAAUGUAACCUUUAACUGCACUGCUGAUGGCCUUCCACGACCAAAAAUAGUUUGGAGGAAAGAUGGACAACUAAUUAUUGAGGGCAGAAAGAGAAUAAUUUCAACAUCACAAGAAAUUAAAGGAUUUCGAAACAUUUCUGAUGUCCAACAAAUAACUAGUACUCUGACAAUUACUGAUCUUGUGAGAGGUGUAGAUAAUGGCAGCUAUUCAUGUAGAGCUGAUAAUGAAGCUAAUAUUGGAGAUGUACUGGAUACUUCUUAUACACUGGUGAUAGAUCCAUUAGAUGAAGUACUGCCACCUCAAAAUUACUGUCUACCAUUUCCUUGUCAGAAUGGGAUAUGUGAGAGUCUAAAUGGUGAUUUCUUGUGUGUAUGUGAUGAAAAAUUUACUGGGAAACACUGUCAAAUAGAGGUCAUGAAUUACAUUGCACCAGUGAUCACUGAGCCACCAAAACACACAACUGCUAGCCUCUAUUCUUCAGCCAGCCUUACUUGUAGAGCAACAGGAUCUCCCAUCCCUACCAUUCAUUGGUAUAAAGAUAAUAGAAUAAUUGCAAAUAAGAACAGUGACCCUUCUGUGCUGUUCUUUCCUGAACUGGAUCUCAGUGAUAGAGGAUUCUACCAUUGUGUUGCUAGCAACAUCAUUAAUGGAAAGAAAGAAGCAAUAAGAUCACCAGUGAUACUGCUCAACAUAACAAAUGUAGUUCAGUAUGAAGCUGAAAUGGAUUUACCACCAGAUUUUUAUAAUUCUACUGAAUCGACAGAAGAUUUAAUUUUGAAGCUUAUUCAAUCAAGCAACAAUUAUUUAUCAGGCAGUAAUAUUAGUAAUACAUCUUUCUUUUACAUUGAAAUCCUCAAUGCUGAAACAAUUUUACAAAAUACAAGUCACAUGCCUGACAAACUACCAAUAGUGGUUACACUAGUGACAGAGAGAGGUCAAGGUGAUAAUACCUUGUUGACUGGAGUAAAAAAUCAAUUGGACUCACUCAAUCAACAGCUCAGUGUAAAGAUAUCAAUCAUUGAAUUGAAUAGAUUUGAUGGUUGCCCCUCAAACUCAACAAUCAUUCCAUCUCAAUCUGGAGAUACAAGACUAGACAUAAGUGUGCUCUGGCCAGAGACUAAUAUUGGAGUGGAAGCAAUAGUUGAUUGUCCAUGUGGUGACAAUGAUACAUCAUCAAGUGGCAGUGAAUUGAAAGCUUUCAGAUACUGUGGAGGGGAUUUUACUAAUGGAGCUUUUUGGACUACAAUUGAUGUAUCACGAUGUAACUUCAGUGAUUUAGCACGUAAAAUAUGUAACUUAAGAAAUCUUCCAGUAGAUCGAAAAGUUCAGCAGCUGGAAGAGCUGACAAGUAAUACACAGGAAUUAAAAUCUACUGAAGUGACUGCAAGUGUUAGUAUUUUAGUGACUGCUACCGAUGACGUCUCUGGAAAUAUAACACUAACAUCAACAUUUUUGGAAGUGGUGGACAACAUUUUAGUAGUCAAUCAGGAGGUUUUAGAAGAAAGUCAGAAAUCAUCAAACACAUCAGCAAAAUUAUUGAAGGCUAUUGAAUCAGUUGCGGAGAAUAUUCCAAUCACUAACUCAUCAGAACCAGUAGUUAUUGCACAAACAUCGUUUGCUGUGUCAAUACAACAGGUUGAUCUUGAUGACUUUGAAGAAAGUGGUCAAAACUUUAGUGUAAUCAUCAACAAUACAUCAAAAGGAAACUUAAGCUCUGAAAGUUUAUCUUUUGGAAAGCCAAUUAGCUCACCAACAGCUUCAAUUAGUUUACCAAAAAGUUUAUUCAAUGCUGUCCCACACUUCAUCAAUAAUACUUGUCGUGCCUAUAAUGCUCCUUUCUAUAUUGGAAUGCUUACUCCAUUCAUCAUCAUUUACAUAUUCAACUGGAUCAUAUUCACUAUCAUAAUACUAUCACUGACUCAUAAGAGUCUGAAGUCUAAUCUGAAGGAUACAAAAUCAAAGACAAAAGACAAGAGCCCAAGAGCACUCAUAAAGCAACAGUUCAUCAUAGCUAUAACACUAUCAGUGUUAUUUGGGCUGGGAUGGGGCAUUGGUCUACUAGCAACUGAAGAUAUAUACAGCAAUAAAAUUGCUCGAGAUGUUUUUGCUUCUCUUUUUGUGGUGGCGACAGCAUUUCAUGGCCUCUUUAUAUUCCUGAUGCAUUGCCUACGUUCAAAGGAUGCUCAACAUGUAUGGAAGAAAUGGUUUGUUAGAGUGACUGGAAGAGAACUUAGUGAUUUGACUACAUCUACUUUCAGUCGUGGAACUAAGCGCAAACGUGUCAUUGAGUCUCAUGCCAGAAAGAUAUCUAACAGUAAUUACAGCAGUAGUUACUCGGCACCAAUAUCAGAGAAAAAGGGCAGCAUUAGCAUUAAAGAAUAUGAUCUAAAAACAUUUAAAAACGAGGACGACAUACAAAAGGGUGAUCUGAUAAAAGAAGAGGAUGAAAGCAAUAUCCCUGAAGAAAAUAAAAAGGAAGACAUGGCCCAUCAAGAUGAUACUACCAUUACAGUUGAAGUGGAAGUGACUGUCAGUAACACUGACCCUGAGGCUACUAAAUGUGAUCCCGUUGUGAGUGAGACAACAUUCACUAAACCUGACGACAAUAAAAUGGAAGGUCCUGAAGCUCCUGAGCUAUGCGUAAAAGAUGAACAGAAAGUCAUACAGCAGGAAAAUGAAGAUAAUACUAUUACAACAGAGAUCACAGUUGAGCCUGAAGCAGGUACUGCUGCCACCAAUGUUGCUGUUACUGUGAGAGAGAAGAAAUUUACUGCUUCAUUUCCUGAAGAUGAUGAUGAUAAAUACGAGAAAGAGAGGCUCCGCCAAGAAGAAGAAAGGGCUUACAAUGCUUAUCAUAAAAAAGAAUAA